UUUAUAAUCUGAAACCAUCAAAUUCAUAAUUUUUUUUCGAUGAUGAAAUUCAAUUUUUUCAAUCAACAUCGCAAAUUAUGUUGGGUGCUCGUGCUUAUAUUAGCCAUCGUCGUGGCGUUAGCGGCGAUAUUUCUAUUCAUUUCAAAUGGUACAUUGAGCGUUUAUAAAAAUAAGACAUUUGAUGCCCGAUUCAAUAAAGAAGCACCAAAUAUAUGCUUAAGCUCUUGCAAUAUUGAAUUGGUUGAAACUAUUCCGGAGGGUAUGGUUUAUGCCGAUGGAAGUCCACUAUUUCAGUCAACGUACAACGCUUGGUUACGUCUCAUUAGGUUGGCCAAUAAAACGAUAGAUAUCGGUUCAUAUUAUUGGAAUUUAAGUGGAGCCGUGUCUUAUAAUCAUUCGUCAGCGUGGCAGGGUGAAAGUAUUUUCCAAAAUCUAUUGUCGGCAGGCACAAAAAACGGCAUUCAAAUUCGUAUCGCUCAAAGUCAAAAGUCAGAUGUCUCAGCAAAUUUGGAUACUGAAGAAUUGAUGGAGAAAAAAGCAGCUGAAGUUCGAUCGUUAGACUUUCCAAAAUUAGUUGGUGGCGGUGUACUGCACACAAAAUUAUGGAUUGUUGAUGGAAAGCAUAUGUAUGUUGGAAGUGCCAACACGGAUUGGAAAGCACUAACUCAGGUUAAAGAACUUGGAGUAUUGAUAACCGAUUGUUCGUGUCUCGUUGAUGACGUUUCAUAGAUUUUCAAUGUAUACUGGGACAUGGGCGAAAAGGAUGCAGUAAUUCCAAAGAGUUGGCCAAUCGAGUAUAGUACAAAGAUAAAUGCUUCGAAUCCAGUUCUAGUCGGUUUCAAUAAUCAAUAUAAAAUGAGCACAUUUUUUUUCGGUAAAGCAACCAUAUUUUUUUUCACUCGUGAAUUCACUAAUCGGCGAUUAUUUCAGAGUUCACCGCCACCAAUGAGCCCCGACGGUAGAUCGCAGGACAUCAAUGCCAUUGUAAAUGUGAUUCAAAAUGCUAAAAAAUUCAUUCAUAUCUCGGUGAUGGACUUUAUACCCAUGUUUGAAUAUACGGCAAGACCAAAAUUUUGGCCAAUAAUCGACAAUGCACUGCGUGCGGCUGCAAUCGAAAGAGGUGUGUCGGUAAAGCUAUUGAUUUCAUGGUGGAAACAUUCAAGACCAGCUCAAGAUUUCUUCUUGAAUUCACUGAAGGUCAUUUCGAACUCAUAUCCUGGUGUUGACAUUCAAGUGAGACGAUUCAUUUGCCCAGCAACAGAUGAUCAAUCGCGAAUUCCAUUCACACGCGUCAAUCACAAUAAGUUCAUGGUUACUGAUAAUACGGCUUAUAUUGGAACAUCAAAUUGGUCGGCCGAUUACUUUGUCACUACGGCUGGGAUUGGACUAGUAUUGGAGGAACGAUCAGACCGAAAUGAGACUGUGCCGUCGAUACGCAAUGAUUUAGCCAGUGUCUUCGAACGAGACUGGAGUAGUGCAUAUGCUGUUGAAUUGAAAACACCUCCGUCCGAUUAAACUAAACAUAUACUGCUUAUCACAUGGAUAUUUUCUAUAUUUACAUUCAUGUUAUGGAAAAUAGUCAUGAUUUGUAUUCAAAUUUGGAAGACAAUAAAAAGAACGAUUCAUGAAAUAAGA